AUGACACAAAAUGGUAAAGCAUCACUGUUUAACCGAUGGAAACACCAAACCGCAUAUGACCAGUUAUUCGAAGGAAUUAGUGAAGAAGAAAAACUCGAAUAUAAGGAAGCUUUUCGACUUUUCGACAAAGAUGGUGACGGGACGAUUUCAUCGAAAGAAUUAGGAGUAGCAAUGCGAUCAUUAGGUCAGAAUCCAACUGAACAAGAACUUCUCGAUAUGGUCAACGAAGUAGAUAUAGAUGGCAGUGGAACUAUUGAAUUUUCCGAAUUUUGUCAAAUGAUGAAACGUAUGAGUAAGGAAAAUGACGGUGAAAUGAUUCGGGAAGCAUUUCGUGUUUUUGAUCGAGAUGGAAACGGAUAUAUUACUGCAGACGAAUUUCGAUACUUCAUGACGCAUAUGGGUGAACAAUUUAGCGACCAAGAAGUUGACGAAAUUAUUUCUGAGGUUGAUAUAGACGGUGAUGGACAGAUCGAUUAUGAAGAAUUCGUGCGAAUGAUGACAACAUGA